UGCUUGGGAAGAAAGGAUAUCGAAAAUGAAAACUAGUGUUGGUGUAAUUUCUGGUACCCUAUAGGUGUGAAACUACCCAAUUCAGGGACACUAACGUCAGGGCGUUUCACUUCAAAGUCCGUAGCAAGCUGUGUAGAUUUGAAGAUUCAAUUCCGAAUCAGCCUUAGGAGUUUUUCUCAUCAUUUUAAAUUUAUUUUUUAAUUAUUUAAUUUUUUAUUUAGAUAUUUUUUGACAGUUCAUUUUGUCCCUGGAGAGUUAAAGGGAGUUAGAUCAUCCGCAUGAGCGAUUUGAGAGAUGAGAAGCAUUUGCAGGGUGGAAAACAACUCUAGACGUAACAAGCAAGUGACCUGUCUGUAGUGGGAUUUGAAAAAUACGUUCACGGCAGUGAGGGGGAGGAAUGGUUCCCUGAGCUCCAGGGCCAAUAGAGAACUAGAGAGGCAUUAUCCUCUAGGCUCUGGUGUCAUUCAUUCAUCAGUGACAAGUAUUUAUCACCUAGCACGUGCCAGGCAACAUGCAGUGGCAAAGGCAGCCACGAUCCCUGCCCUCAUGGAGACUGUAGAAAGGGUUUGAACCCUGGUUCUGCCAUUGUUGACCAUAGGACCUUACACCAGUUACUCUCCACUUCUCUGAGAUUUAAUGUCCUUAUCUGUAAAGUGGGGGUAUUAUGAGUUCCUAUCUAGUAGAUUUGAACAGAAGUUUCAAUGAGAUAUGCAGGAAAAACACGAAGCCAGAUGCCUGGCACACACCCAGAGCUCUCUCAUUAGUAAUGAUGCACAGUUAGAGUGAACUACGGAAAGACGGAAAACAGGAGUGUGGUUAACGACAGGAGAUACUGGGAGUGAAAGAAUAAUCACUAUUGUUGGAUUAGAAGUGACUUAGAUAAAUUGCUUAUCAGGCUAAAGCAUUCGUUUGUAGCAGAUGUGAUGUUUGAGCUAUAAAAUGAGACUGACCAGACGCAAAUGAUGUUUUUUAAAAAAUUGGAUACUGUAUUAUUCUAAGAAGUUUAUUUAUUUGGCAAGGGAUUUUUCUUUAUAAAGAAAGAAAUCAGUGGGAAAGUUGUCAUUUUCCCAAAUGCCGGAAAACAUAGUGCCCAGAGUUUUGAUGACUUUGGAGAAAGAUGGUACCGUGAGUUUGGAUGUGUUCAGCUUCCUCAACUGGCUUAAACGUCCAUCAGAAUUACAUUGGGAAUGAUGCAGAGAAGAGCCCCUUCUUCUUGUCCGUGACCCUUUCUGACCAAAACAAUCAGCGUGUCCCCCAGUACCGUGCCAUUCUUUGGAGAAAAACAGGUACCCAGAAAAUAUGCCUUCCUUACAGUCCCACAAAAACGCUUUCGGUGAAGUCCAUCUUAAGUGCCAUGAAUCUGGACAAAUUUGAGAAAGGCCCCAGGGAAAUUUUUCAUCCUGAGAUACAAAAGGACUUGCUGGUUCUUGAAGAGCAAGAGGGCUCUGUGAAUUUCAAGUUUGGGGUUCUUUUUGCCAAAGACGGGCAGCUCACUGACGAUGAGAUGUUCAGCAAUGAAAUCGGAAGUGACACUUUUCAAAAAUUUUUAAAUCUCCUGGGUGACACAGUCACUCUCAAGGGCUGGACAGGCUACCGUGGCGGUCUGGACACCAAAAACGAUACCACAGGGAUCCAUUCCGUUUACACUGUAUACCAAGGGCACGAGAUCAUGUUUCAUGUCUCCACCAUGCUGCCAUAUUCCAAAGAGAACAAACAGCAGGUGGAAAGGAAGCGCCACAUUGGAAACGAUAUUGUCACCAUUGUGUUCCAGGAAGGAGAGGAACCUUCUCCUGCCUUUAAGCCUUCCAUGAUCCGCUCGCAUUUUACACAUAUUUUUGCCUUAGUGAGGUAUGAUCAACAAAAUGACAAUUACAGGCUGAAAAUAUUUUCAGAAGAAAGCGUACCACUCUUUGGCCCACCCUUACCAUCCCCCCCGGUGUUUACAGACCACCAGGAAUUCAGGGACUUUUUGCUAGUGAAAUUAAUUAAUGGUGAAAAAGCCACUUUGGAAACCCCGACAUUUGCCCAGAAACGUCGACGUACUCUGGAUAUGUUGAUUCGAUCUUUGUACCAGGAUUUGAUGCCAGAUUUACAUAAGAACAUGCUUAAUAGACGAUCUUUUAGUGAUGUCUUACCAGAAUCGCCCAAGUCAGCACGGAAGAAAGAGGAGGCCCGCCAGGCAGAGUUUGUUAGAAUAGGGCAGGCGCUAAAACUGAAAUCCAUUGUGAGAGGGGAUGCUCCGUCCAGCCUGGCAGCUUCAGGGAUCUGUAAGAAAGAGCCUUGGGAGCCCCAGUGUUUCUGCAGUAAUUUCCCUCACGAAGCCGUGUGUGCAGAUCCCUGGGGCCAGGCCUUGCUGGUUUCCACUGAUGCUGGCGUCUUGCUAGUGGACGGUGACCUUCCGUCAGUGCCAGUGUUUGACAAAACUCUGCCAGUGAAGCAGAUGCAUGUGCUCGAGACGCUGGACCUUCUGAUUCUCAGAGCAGACAAAGGAAAAGACGCCCGCCUCUUUGUCUUCAGGCUGAGCGCUGUGCAGAAGGGCAUCGAGGGCAAACAGGCUGUGAAGAGCAAGUGUGAGUGCAGAGAGAACAAGCUCGAGAAGACAAAAGGCUGCCACUUGUAUGCCAUUAACACUCACCAUAGCAGAGAGCUGAGGAUCGUAGUUGCAAUUCGGAAUAAACUGCUUCUAAUCACGAGGAAACACAACAAGCCGAGCGGGGUCACGAGCGUCCCACUUCUGUCUCCCCUGUCGGAGUCACCUGUGGAGGAAUUCCAGUACAUCAGGGAGAUCUGUCUGUCCGACUCUCCUGCAGUGAUGACCUUAGUAGAUGGGCCAACGGAAGAGAGUGACAAUCUCAUCUGUGUGGCUUAUCGACACCAGUUUGAUGUGGUGAACGAGAGCACGGGGGAGGCCUUCAGGCUGCACCACGUGGAGGCCAACAGGGUUAAUUUUGUUGCAGCUAUUGAUGUGUACGAAGAUGGAGAAGCCGGUCUGCUCUUGUGUUACAACUACAGUUGCAUCUAUAAAAAGGUUUGCCCAUUUAAUGGUGGCUCUUUUUUGGUUCAACCCUCUGCAUCAGACUUCCAGUUCUGUUGGAACCAGGCUCCUUGUGCGAUUGUCUGUGCUUUCCCAUACCUCCUGGCCUUCACCACCGACUCCAUGGAGAUCCGCCUGGUGGUGAACGGGAACCUGGUCCACACGGCGGUCGUGCCUCAGCUGCAGCUCGUGGCCUGCAGGUCGGAUAUAUACUUCACAGCCACCGCUGCCGUGAAUGAGGUCUCGUCUGGAGGCGGCUCCAAGGGGACCAGCGCCCACAACUCUCCUCAGACACCCCCGGGCCGAGAGACUCCAGUAUUUCCUUCUUCCCUGGGGGAAGGUGAAAUUCAGUCAAAAAAUCUGUACAAGAUUCCACUCAGAAACCUUGUUGGCAGAAGCAUCGAGCGACCUCUGAAAUCGCCCUUAGUCUCCAAGGUCAUCACCCCACCCACUUCCAUCGGCGUUGGCAUCGCUGCCAUUCCUGUCACUCAUUCCUUGUCCCUGUCCCGCAUGGAGAUUAAAGAAAUAGCAAGCAGGACCCGCAGGGAGCUGCUGGGCCUCUCCGACGAAGGUGGACCCCGGUCAGAAGGAGCACCAAAGGCGAAGUCAAAAGCCCGGAAGCGGUUAGAAAGCCAGGGAGGCCCCAAGCCAGGGACAGUGAGGUCAACGAGCAGCGACAGGAUCACCUCGGCUUCCUUGGAAAGUCCUUCUACUUCCGAAGCCAAUCCCGAGGGGCGUUACCACUCGACAGGCUCUGAGCAGGAGCCCAUGGCAGACAGAGAAGGCAGCCCAGUCUGGGGCAGCAGCCCCUUUCAGCUCACGGCUUCCUCGGAUGAAGACAUCAUUGACUUGAAGUAAACAGAGCCCGAAUCCAGUCCGCCAUCUUUAAUUUUCUUAUGGAGGUUUAUACUCUUUAACCAGUUCUGACGUCAUUUCUCAACAAAAUGUGGCUUUUAGCCUGUCCGUGAUCUAUUGGACCAAACCUUCUGCACACUCGGCCAGUUUGGGUCACUCUCCAGUGUCCGGUGCCAUCUUCCUUGACCUUUGUUUCUUUCUGUUCAGGAACCAUCAGUCCCCUUGUAAUAAAGGUGGUAGAUUUCAUUGAGGUUUUAGAUUGAAACUUUGAAUAAAUCAAAAAUGUUCAUUCUUAUUUA